AUGAUUGUUCGGAGGAGUAGAAAACGUCGGGGCCCAACUGUCAAAGACUUUUUGGCUCCACUGGUUGUUCACCAUCGAUUCAUCUCCUUCACCCUCUACUGUGCUUGUAUUGUCGCCUUCGUGCUGAAUCUCAAACGCAAGCAUUACCUUAAACAGUUCACCCUCUUCGGUUUUACCCAUGUCACUCUCCUCAUCAUCGUCUCCUCUUCGCACUUCAUGAUUCAAAGCAUUUUCGAUGGGCUCAUUUGGUUCCUAGUUCCUGUGGCUAUGGUGAUUUCCAAUGACAUAUUCGCCUAUGUAUUUGGAAUGCUCUUCGGCAAGACCCCGCUGAUUAAGGUGUCACCAAAGAAGACUUGGGAGGGCUUUAUCGGAGGUGGGAUCUGUUCCCUUCUUGUCGGUCUCUUCUUAGCCUGGAGCAUGAUCGAUAACAAGCACUUCAUCUGCCCAAUUGAAUACGACGACAGAGUUGGAGCUCUCUCCAUGGACUGCAUUCCUGAUGCUAUCUUUAUUCCUCGCAUGCACAAUGUCUCCAGAUGGCUGCCCUUCUUACCAGUGAAGCAAUUCCCGCAAUAUCCCUACUUCUUUCACUGUCUCAUGAUUGGUGCGUUCAUCUCCAUAAUUGGUCCCUUUGGUGGGUUCUUUGCAAGUGGAUUCAAACGUGCCUUCAAGAUUAAGGACUUUGGAGAUGUCAUUCCCGGGCAUGGAGGCAUCCUUGAUAGAUUUGAUUGUCAAAUAUUUGUCGGAUGGUUUGUCUUCUUUUACUACAACUCGUUUGUCAAGCCACUAGCACCAAGCAACUUACUCCAGCAAGUCUUUGUCUUGCCUCAAGAUGAACAACUGGCAGUGCUCAAUCUCUUCCUUGAUGGUCUUCUCCGUCGUGGUCAUGUUCCUGCCGAAUUAGCUCAACCGCUUAUGGCCUACGGUGAAGCCAUUAAAGCCGCAGCAGCGACCAUUGAACCACCUUAA